AUGGCCAAGGGCAGGCGGGCCAAGCCCAGCGACCGGAGCGCCGGCAUCUGGUUUGCUCACAUUGGAGUACACCAGAGUCGACUUGAGUCGAUUACAAGUUCUGCACUAAAACAGAUCCACGACUCAGGAGAAGCUCAGUACCUUGAGAAUCAGUUGCCGCUAGGCUACAGAGCUCGGGCACAGAAAGCAGUGAACAACAAUUUCCCAUUUUCUUCUCAUGACAACAGACACAGUCUAGAGAAUGUAGGAGAGUAUUUUGAUUCUGGCUUGGGCCGGAGGAAGGUAGAACCAGAGAGACGGCAACAUAACUCACAGAACUUCUUCCUUGAGGCUCAUGAAUUAGUUCCUAACAGCAAGGAUGGUUUAACCACUUAUCAGACAUCAUAUGUGAAACAUGAAAACACUGAGAGUACAUUUUGGAGGCGGUAUCCAAAGCAACACAAAAAAUGGUGCACUGACAAACCUGCUCCUGAGACUGGAAAAAAACCUGCAGCCAAAUGA